UGUAAUUACUUCGAGGUUAUGUUUACCUUCAAAAUAAUUUAAAUUACAAAUGGCAAAUGGCUUGUUUUUGGUUCAACCAAAAUGAAACAAAACUAGAAGUACCGUCCACUGAAGAGGUGGCGAAUGUUACUUUUUAUAAAAUACAAGUACAAGUCGGUGACGUUAAAUGGGUUGUUCUUCAUCGCUACAGUGAAUUUAAUGACUUGCAUUAUCAUCUAGUGGUGGAUCAUGGGGUUUCAAAAGAUAUUUUACCAUCAAAAAAAGUUAUUAGAAACAAAUGCCCACAAUUCAUUGAACGCAGAAGAAAAGGGUUAGAAGAAUAUUUACAGAAAAUUUUUAUCUUCCUGAAACGAACAAUGCCCAAAGUUUUAGUUGAUUUUUUAAAUUUUAAUAUAUACGAUUCAUUCUUUUUAUUACAAGAUUUAUCUACAAACUGCUUUUUAGAAGCUGACUUUGUUUUGUCAACUAAUAAACAAUAUAGCUUUAAUACAUUAAAGUUAUAUGCGAUAAGUCAGUUUCUGAAAAAACCGUACCCAAUAGUUGACAAUACAGAAAUUAGAUUUGAUUUAAGCCCAGUGUUAGAUUUAUGUUCGCAGCUACAUGCUUUGAACAUACAAGGAAGUUCAUCUGUCUUCUUAAAUAGUAAUAUUAUUUUAAAUAAGUUACCAUUUGAAUUAUCUGCAUAUAAGAAUUUAAGUGUAUUGUAUAUUAAAAAUGUGUCGUUUGACAUGAUAUUUUCACUGGGAAAUUUAAGAAAUACUCUGACACAGUUAUUCGUAGACAAUACUAAUACUACAAGUAUUUCCCAAAUACUUCAGUGUGACGUUAUACAUAAAUAUAAUUUGGAAGGUAGUCAGAAAUGGAGAGCGUUGGAGAUAUUAGAUUUAAGUAAUAACAACCUCAUAGAAAUUGAUGCAACUAUUAAUUUGGCACCAAAUUUGAAGAAACUUAUUUUAAAUGACAAUAAAAUAUCUACAAUUUCAAAUUUAUCGAGCUUGUCAAACUUAUCGUAUUUAAGUUUGAGCAACAAUUUAAUAACAAUAUGUAACGACUUGCACACAAAAGUAGGAAAUAUUUUAACUUUGAAUUUAUCUCAAAAUAAUAUUGUAACAUGUAAAGGUUUUUGUAAAUUAUAUUCAUUAGAAAAUUUAGAUUUAAGUUCUAAUAAAAUAAUGGAAAUUGAUGAAAUUAAAUAUGUUGGAGGUUUACCAUGUUUGGAAAACUUUAUACUUACUGGUAAUAAUGUAGCAACGACGGUGGAUUAUAGGAUAAAAGUGUUGGAAUUUUUUGGAGAGCGGGCAAAAUAUAUAUGUCUAGAUAACGAGAGGCCUUCUCAAGCUGAGAUAGACAAGGUAUCAGUAUUACGUGCUUUACGAAUCGUGAAAGAAGGUAAAACUCCUACAUUUAAUAAGUAAUAUGAAUCAAUUUGCACCAAUAUCUUAUUUCAAAGCUAUAAAUGAAAUUAUAAGAUACUAAAAAUGUUAAACAACAAAUAUGCUGUAUAUUUUUUUAAUUAUUGAAUAUCAUU